AACACCCACACUGGAAGCAAUGGUCUAUCCUGUUCCUUCUUUCCACCUCCCUUCAAGUUGCAGGUUGGUUUGGUGUUGCUGAGGGAAAGUCCGAUUCCCGUUGGUACACAUUCCAUUUGUCUACCUGAUCGAAACUUGGCAAAAUGUCAACUCGCCUCUUCAGUUCGAAACUGAAAGUGUUUUCACGGGCCAAAGUCAAAGAGGAGAAGGCAUCUGUGUUCUUUCCCAAUUUCAGACAGACAGCAGGAGACUACACACUUACACAAGACAACAUAGAGGCCGGAACGUAGUUGUUUUUGCGCCGAUACUCCUGGAUCAUACAGAAUUUGCCACGCGUCCCAUUAUAAAUGGUGAUUUUCCUUGGAUCAGCUCGAACUUCGGUACGUAGGUGAACUGAGUCUGGAAAUGGUUUCAUACCAUACAAUAAGACUCUUUCCUGUCAUCUUCUGCAUCAUCCCAUCAUUUGCAGACAGUUUCUUGAAAUUAAGUUGUGAGUCUUCAGUGACAGGAACAUUUAAUGAAGACACUAAAAUACAGUGCACAGCAAAUUCAGAAAAGGAGUGGACAUUGACAGAGAUUGUACUUUAUAAAAUGGAAAAAGAUGGAAAUGUAGAAAUUUUUAACUUCAAAGAAGGUGCCAAUGAAGUACAAGGUCGGAUUAAAUUACUUCAUCCAGGAUCUCAAAACAUGUUACUGAUGAUCCAGAACACACAGGUGUCUGAUAGUGGGAAAUAUCAAUAUAAUUUGCUGACAUCAGUUAGUCACAAAAUUUCUCAAUUUGAAUUGAAGGUAAAAGCUCCAUACAACGUGACCAUGGUCUCAUCAUCAAGAAGAGGAAGUAUCAUUUGUGAAGCAAUUGGAUAUCCACAGGCUCAGAUGCACUGGUUCUUCAAUGGAACAAAGAACCUCACAUCCCAGGCUAACACUAGUAGUGAAGAAACACCACAGGGACUGUACAAAAUCACCAGUACUCUUCAACUCACAGCAGAAACAGAAGUGUCAGAAUGCGUUUAUACUUGCGCCAUAUGGAAUGUGGAAGACAGUGUAUAUGCAGACCAGGAAAAUAUUUCAAUCUGUCAUGAAAACCUUCCCUUUACUGACAAUAAUGGAGAGGAAAGGAAAAAUGUAGUUGUCUUUCUGAUUAUGGCACUGCUUUUUGUUGCAUUAGUAAUCGUUGCUGUUCUGCAAUUUAAGAGAAGAUCAUAUCCAAAAAUUAGAAGAGAAUCUCAAAAUCCAAUGAUUACAAUUGAUGAGAUGACUGAUGUCUAAUAGUAGCUGUGGUGGCUAAUUCUUAUUUCUACCUGCAACAAGUCUACUGAUGGUGACAACUUUAAGAAAAUGUGAUAUGAAAUAUUAAUCACAUCUUAUCAUAUGUGAAUGAUGGAAGAUGAAUGUAAACCUCAUCAGUUAUUUCACAAACUGUCCCUUCCUGUAUUAUGAUCAGCUGGAAGCAGCAGUUUUGAAUGCAGUUCUCAUCCUGGAUAAUACACCUGAUGGAGCUGAACUCUUCACUAAUUUUUUUCUCUGUAAAGAAACAAUGCUUCACAUUAGUUGUCUGUGAACACCAUCGGUCAAACGCAGCACUGGUAUACAAAAGCUACAUGCUAAAGUACUUGGCUUUCAAUCUGGGCUGCCUUUUAUCAAGAAGAUGGCUAUUUGACAGCUGAUGCAAAUAUUGGAUCAAUUUCAGUGUGCUGAAAGAAAAUAUCUUCAGCUCCAUUUUUUUAAAUACAGAUGUAUAUAUAUAUUUAUGGUUUGAUCACAGAAAUGUAUUUGUAAACAUAUAUUUGUGAUUUGAUCACAGAAAUACUGUGAAUGGCUUUGACUGUUGAAUGCAUUUUUCAACUAGGUUAAGAGAAAUUGUAGCUGCAGGCAAUUAAUUUGGAAAACUGAGAUUUCAGUAUUUUCUGAAUUGUAAACACUGAUCAUUAUGUUUGUACACUGAUUACUUUAAAUCAAUCUAAUGUAGAACAGGUUGAUGUAUAUUGUUCUCCAACAUAUUGCAUUACUUUUGCCAACUAUUACUUGACAGAAGUGAAUAUAUGUACAGCUUUAGUCUAAAUCUGAUGUAGCUGAAUAACACAUAAAUACAUUUUGUAAAGUAUUAAUUGAUUAGUUUCAUGCUAACUGAAAAUAUUUUUAAAAUGUAGAUCUCAUGAAGUUUAAUAAUGAACAGGUGAAAUCUUAUCAGGCUGUAAUCAAUGUGGUGAAUUGAGUGCUAGGAUCAGGGAAGAUGGUCAUCUCUACAUCAAGAUCAUCUUGCCACAACCAUUUCCUUUAAGACAGACAAAGGCAGCAACCACAUGGCCAGAGAAAGAACCCAAUACUACCGUCAGACACAGCAGUGAAUUUGCACAGUUACUGCCUUUGCCGUUUGAGUUCAAGUAUCUCUGGACAUCAGAGUGCAUCUAGGAAACAUUGACAAAUCGCAGAAUUCACAGAUGACCUUGGAGGAACCUGUGUGGGAGAGCUCACAGCACAGGAACAGAUAAGUGCAUAGUUUUUAUGUGUAGCCUUGCUAUAAAUCUACCACAGUGAUUUUCUUGAUUAUAUGUUUUAUUGAGCUCUGUCUCUUGAUUAAAAUUUAAAAAUAUAAGCCACAAGUAUUAA